AUGAGCUCCAAGGUUCUUCAACUUCUUGCCGCCGCCGGCCUUCUUUCGGCAUCUGUGGCGUGUUCGACUGAGUCUGAUGUGGAAAUUACCUUUUACGGGUAUCCUGACAACGAUCCUCCCAGUGCGGACAUUGCCUACGAUUGUGGUCGUGGUUACACGGCAGGAGGCACCGGCACAUAUGACGACCCUCUCACUUUUGCUACCGCUCCUGGGGAGUUUGAAAAGUGUGAGAUCAUCUAUCUGCCGUACCUUCGCAAGUAUCUCCGCUUCGAGGAUACAUGCGCGCAGUGCAGUAAGUACCCCACGCUAAAUAGUGUGCCUCCGCUGACAGAAACAGCUACCGAUUAUCACAACGGCAGGCUCCACAUUGAUAUUUGGACUGGGUCUACCAAGUCCAGUGGUGGCGAUACCCAGAUUGACUGCGAAGAUUCCUUGACCCCGGAUGACUCUCAAACCGUCAUCAUCAGCCCGGGAACCUCCUACACCGUCAACUCGGACGAGCUCUUUGCGAGCGGCAAAUGCUAUACAUCAAACACUUAUAGCAGUGCCGAUGCUUCGAGCUACUGCAGUUCCGGUUCUUCGGGCUCGAGCUCCGGUUCUGGCUCCGGGUCCGGCUCCUCAUCUUCCUGCUCCUGGUCAGGCCAUUGUGCCGGUAGGUCCCCUCUUGGAACCCGUGCUUUGUGUUACACUGACCCAUGGCAUUCAGGUGCUUCCUGCUCAACCGAGAACGACUGCUCCGACAACCUCACCUGCCAGAGUAGCAAGUGCGCCUGAUCACAGUACUACUGCCGCGGUAGCUGGACCGACCUUGUUGGACCAAGGCGCGUGACACCGCACAGGUCCUUCCACAUCGUGCGAUCAUCUGAUACAAUCUGCUUCUUUCCUUCUUUACCUCAGGCCAUCAAACCCCGAGAAGUUAUCUUCAGAGGAUAAGUAUGACCAGGCGCGCGGAAUCACUGCCACUGGCCAUCCGAAGGAGAAUACUUUCUACAACGCAGC